AUGUCCAUGUUUGAAAGCCAAAUGUCCUUUGCUAUGGCGAGCGGCUACAGCCAUCAUCGACCAACCCUGACCCGGUCUCGAUCACAUACUGAUCCAACACGGGCGGACGUCCCGCCCGAACAAGAAGAGGCCCACGCACCUCCCAGCGGAAAGCCCUCUUCGAGUCGACCACAGCAUGCUCGAUCCAAAUCGUACCUUGCACCUGGUGACACCAAGUCUCACUCUCGAACUGCGAUACUUGCCGGUCCGGCUACAGCAGCUCUCGAGAAAACUGCGGAGAAACUUCCCCGUCUACACCUCCCAGGCUCAAGUCACCGACACCACAACCACUCCUUAUCCCAUUCACAAUCCGGAGAGAAGCACAGCUCAAGCAAGAAUGGACAUUACCGACGGCACCGCACAACUCAAAGCGAGGCCCACCCUCGAAACUUUGACUAUAAACAGGACAAGGACAAACCAUCAGGGCUCAACCUCCCUCACCUGGUGGCAGGAUUGAAUGCCGAAAGAGAACGACGUACACAGCAAGCCACAUCACUCAACAAUAACAAUUACACCUCCAACAAUCUCUCGUCCUCCUCCCCUCUAUCCGCGCGAUAUGGCGACAUCCAACGCAACUUCGGACCCUCUGACAGCAACUACGCCGACUAUGCCAGCGGCGGACGCUACGACCUCCGGCGCCGUGCUACCAGCGACCCGGACCGAGCCCCUCUCGUUCGCAAAACCUCCUUUGAACUCCUUCUAGAACGGGGCGAGCAAACCCGCUUCGCUCGACGCUUGUAUGUUAAGAAAGAUGAAAUCCUUCGCCGUGACGAUGAGCUCGCCGCUGCCGAGGACGAGAUGCGCAGUCGAGUCAAUGAAAUCACCACCACAGGCGUCGAAAUGACCCGGCGCCUCGAUUACGGGUACUACAACCUACUGGAGAAAGUCAACAACCUCGUCGGCACCAUCACCUCAUUCCAAUCACUAGCCAAGCAGACAGGCCAGCUCGUUCACAACUUCGAGAAGGAAACCCACCGCCUAGACACCGACACCCGCCACCGCGCUGACGUAUUCAAACAGACGUUCCAAACACGCGACCAGAAAGCCCUCACGCUCAGCGAGCGCGGAAAAGCAGCAUCCCGCCGCGCUGAAGACCUCUCGCAACGACUGGAAAACGCGCGCACAAUCCUACAGAACUGGGAACAGCGGGAAGCAUCGACACGGCGGUCCUGGGACCGCGUGAAAUCUGUGUGUUGGUAUACCGUCCUCUCCGUGACGUUUCUCCUGGUGAGCCUCAUCCUCGCGAGAGAGGCAUGGCUCCACGGUGAUCCCGUGAAGACGGGUCUAGGCGUGCACAGCGAGGGAUCCUGGAAUAAAAGCCUCCGCCUGGGUUCCAGCGGCGGCCGUGACAGCGCGCUUGCAGGCGGACACGACCCCGCAGCCCUCAACGAGCAGAUGCUGCGCACCAACGAGAACAUACCGCAGGAUGUCAAGAAUCUACUGCUUGAGAUCGCGGAGCGGAACCGCGAGCACAAACAUCAUGUACUACCCGGCGUUCCGGAAGGGUCGUCUUCGCGAGAAGAAGACAGGGCAGAUGGGCGCUCUGGUCCUGCUGUGCGCUACGUCCAGCAACAGCAGCAGCAGCAGGAAGAUCGAGAAGAUCCGAGAUUAACGACCUUCGACGAAUUAUGA